UAUUUAUUUAUUUAUAAAUAUUUAUUUUAUAUUAACAUUGCUUAGCUUUAUUCAAGAUUCUAUUAAAGCAUCAUCGUUGAACAAUAAAUGAAUAGUUUAAUCAAAGAAAAGGUCGAUGUACCAAUGAUUUAUGUGGGACUAGGACUUGACCACGGCCAAAGUUACAAAGCAAAGCAUGAGUCCGAGUAUGUCAUUAUUUUGAUAAAUUACUACACCGAGGAGCAUAGGAAAAACAUCAAACUCAAUUCAGACUUGGCAAAUGAUGACAAAUUUUUCAAAAAUUAUCGUUAUCUGACGGUUGAACGAGGAAAAAAAUUAGCAAGAGCUAUCGUAGAACUUUUGAUUGAAGAUGCUAAGUUAUGCAGAUGCGGAAAUCUGGAUGAGAGUUCAUCUUACUCAGAAGUGAUGACUGUGUUUGAAGCUGGAGCACGAAUAGCAUUUAAACAAUUGUACUCUGAAUUUAACUCAGAUUUCUUACAAUGGCCAGUUGUUGAUAUUGGUAGGAAGUCUAUGGAAAAACUUUCUACCAGACAACAUCGGAAAUAUUUUAGUUGGAUGUGGUUCAAAAGAGUAAUCGGUAAGAUAAACGGUAAUCAUAGUGACCAAAAAAAUGAAAAGCCGGCCACAAUGCCUAAACGAAUGCAAGUAAAGUAUAUAAAAAAUAUUGAAUAUCCAUGUGUUCCAUUUACACCAUAGAAUGACAAAAAUAAUAUUGGCUACUAUUCAAAAAAUAGGACUUUAAUACAAAAACGAAAAUAAUUUGAUACAGUAUUAAAGAUUCAUAUACUUAAGAGUAAAAAAUAUAGAUAAAUAAUAUUAUUUUAUAUUUAAAA